CCCGUCCUGGAUGUAGGCGGUGAUAAGAGGUCAGCGAUAUACCGGUCACAACGAGCUGAUCAAAUACAACGAUUGGAAAUAGACAUACGAAAGCAACACGCAGAUAUGAUAGGGGAACUAAACGGAUUUAUUUCUCCAGAAUUACAGCACGAAUGGGAUCUAUUUCGAAAUGGACUGACUCCGUAUCUUACGCCACGUGAGAUAUACGGUUCAGGUGUGAAGUUUGUAGGCCAUAUCUGUGAGAGCCUUCUUCGUAAGGAUAUCAUCAAGUACGGAGAAUACAUUGUCCUCUUUGAAGUUGUCAACUCCAUAGACGUGCGUGUCGGCGAGAUAGUCGAGAGAGCAACAACAGCCAUCAAAGAUAUCAAAAUGAAGAUAUCCGCUCUAAAGCCCGAAGCUAGAUCAGAUCAUAACACACACAGGGGAGAAUACCUGUUUUCUGAACUUGGUCAAUCAUAUGGAUUGCUAAAGGCGUCUUCAAGACCGAACGAGAGAGCCAUGGAUGGUUUCAAACGGGAAAAUAUAAUCAGUAAGUGUUACAAGAUAUAA